CGGCAAAUAUAUCGACAGUGUGACCGGGUUUUACUUCAGACUGCGAAAGAACGUUUUCAAGAUAAAGGAAGAAGCAACAUCUCAUUUGGCGAGACGUCUGACUCAACUAUGCCAAGUAAGGAAAGCGUAGGAUCACGGCUCUACUUGCAAACAAUCAGCGUCUCUGAAACUCCCCUUAUCGUGAUCUCCAGUCAGCGACGGCUCGAGUAACGGCACUCGAGAAAUAUAUGAGGCAGCAACAACGGCGUUUCUAUCAGUCGUCGCUUUGUCCUUCUCGAAAAAAGUGUUCCACAACAAACAAAAGACACGCACUUUCGCAGACGCGUUUCAACCUCUUGACCCGUGGUUCGGCACGAGACCGAGCGAAGAAAGACAACUCGGCGCGCAAGCAGAUAUAUCCGCGUUCAUUAUAAGUUGUUUCGGAAAAACGACAGCCAACAGCUGAUUCUCAGAGUCGUCCAUCACUCUGUCAUGGAGUCCCACACUCUGAUCCUGGUCGGCUCUGUCGUCCUCGCCUGGGCAUUUCCGUGUGUCCACGGCGCCUGUCCUAGCGGUCGCGGGAGACCCAGCGAUUGUCAGUAUUCCAGCUGCACGGACCGGGAGUGCGAGGCGCAAGGUCUAGAGUGCUGCCCCAAGUCCUGCGGAGGGACAGCGUGUGUUCAGGGUGUCAUUGACGGCAUCACCUUCGGCUCGCCCUGUCCCGAGUUCCUGCCUCCGGAGGGAGGCUGCCAGACCCGAAACAACGAGACAUGCGAGGAUUUGCACUGUAUUUCGACAUUGCACAAGGUGUGCUGCCUGCAAGCCUGCGGAGAUCCCUUUUGCUUUCCGUUCGGGGAGGAUUAAAGUCAUCGUGGCAUCUGACUGGCGGCUGUUCCAGCGAAUAAAAACGCGCGCGAUGUGUUUUUUUGAA